AUGAACAUGUUCAAUCAUGGGAAUACUGUUACUUUUCCUGAAGGCCCUCAUAUUGAUGCUAACACGCUCAAGUUAAUUGGUGUCGAAGAAGAUGCCAUAAGGGUAAGACUCUUUCCAUUUUCAUUAACUAAUUCUGCUAAAGAGUGGUUUGAGUGUAUGCCCCUAGAGAAGGUUUCCACAUGGAAGGAUAUCGUAGCUGCCUUCCUCGACAAGUACUAUCCGCCAGGCAUAACUUUGAAGCUGAAAAGCGAAAUCUUUCAGUUCAUCCAAGGCCAUGACGAGCCCCUCUAUGAAGCGUUUGCUCGUUUCAAAGCUCCCCUCCCAAAGUGCCCUAACCACGGUUUUACCAUGGAUCAUCAGGUAGGAAUUCUCUAUAAUGGAUUUAAUCAAAAAAUUUAUGCUAUGUUGGAUUCAGGGGCAAACGGAGGCUUUUUGAGAAAGUCGGGUGAAGAUGCCAUGGCAGUGAUCGAGGAAUUUGCCACCAAUGGCAGGGGGUGGUCGAAAGAAAGGCACAACAUGAAGAGGAUAGUUGCAAUUGAAGAGGCCGAGGAAAGUUCUUUUGCAAAGGAAUUGGCCCAACUCAGAGUUAGGGUGGACCAAAUGGACACAUCGAGGAAGGAGGAUCCGAUUCCACCAACCUCCAUCAUAGCGGUCUCUAAACCCGAAACUCAUGCCCCGGUAGUGGAGGAAAUAAACUACAUGCAAGGAGGCGGUUCCAACAGAAACUACAACAAUAAUUAUCGCCCUAAUCAGGGGGGCGGAUUUAGUGUUGGCAAAGGAGGAGUAGUUGAAACAACCAAAAAGGAGGAGAAGUAUGACCAAGGAAUCACAAGGAUCUUGGAAGUAAUUGCACAAGAUAGACAAGUUAAUGAUACCAAGAUCAGAGUGGUUAAAGCUAGGAUAAACAACCUCGAGCAAGGAAUGAACACGAUCUCAACUGCCAUAGCAAACAUCAACACUCAAAUGGAGCAAAUCCAAAAGAAGUUAGAUGAGGACAGGGCAAAGGCAGCCGUAGGAGUGGAUGACAUCAACAAGAAGUGGGGGGCAAAGCAGAAAUCUGGGGACUGCCCAGUCGACGGCGGACCGCUGCUACCACCGCAGCGGGCCGCCGCUGAAGCACCGAAUGGAGGUUGCCCAGCCGUCGGCGGACCGCCGCACACCCCACGACGGGCCGCCACUGAGACGGCAGAACCACCUACACAACAGGGACUCGUGCGACACAAUGGGAUUGAGAUACCUAAGUAUGCAAAGCUACUAAGGGAGGCGGUGAUGAUGAAGAAAAAGCCAACAAAAGCCGACCUUAAGCUACCGCAUCAUUGCAGCGAGAUCAUCCAAAAGGAAAGGGCAGUGAAGCAGAGAGAUCCGGGCCAAUUCAUUAUCAGAUGCCGGAUUGGAGAGGGAAAGGUUGACAUGGCCCUAUGCGAUUUAGGCUCUUCCAUCAAUCUCAUGCCACUGAAGUAUUACGAAAAGCUCAACAUUGGGCCGCUCAAAACUUCAGAAGUGACACUAAGGUACUUGAGGAAGGCAAGGAGCGCAACAAUGACUUUGUCCCAUUUUAGUAAACUUAUGAUAUGGGCAAGGACAUGGGAAUACGAGAGUCUUGAAGACUUGAUGAGUGGGCUCUUAGAAAGAAGCAGGAGACGUGCAGAGGAGAUGUCUGGAAGCUUUGACACUUCAAUGGAAACAUGGGAAAAGUGGGAGAAGAAACACGAUAUGAUACUUGAACUAAGUUCUAAUAUGCUUGAAAAAUUGGUGAAUUCUUUCAAACCUUCUCUCUCUUUAAUUUUAAUUCCUUGUAUUGCUGACGAAACUAAUUUUGAUGAAGAUCCGCAAUUAAGUCAUGCAAGGGGGGAAAGUAGAAGCAAAGCAAAAAAAUCCAAAUUGAGGAAUCAUCUGAGGUACAAUCUGUGUGGGUUCAAUCUUAUGUAUCCUUUGUCAAAUUCUGUGUUUGCACAAUCUUCUGCUGCAACACUUGAUAAGCUCCGUAGAGCGUGGGUGAGAUAUAAAGUUCCAUGUUGA